AAUUGCAAAAAGGCCAAAUUCACAACGAUGGAAAAUUUAGAACAAUUUGAUAAGAUUUGUCAUUGGCUUUGCACAAUUGCUGCAAUAAUGGGCAUUGAUUACUUCAAAAAUAACGUGUGGAAUAGGAGAAUUGUACUUUGCAUCAGCGUAAUUGUUUUGGGGAGCAUAAGCGUUUUGUACACAUUAUACAUUGUCCGGCAUGAUUUUACCUUGCUUAUGAAGUGUGUUGGUGCUUUUAUGCAAGCCGUCAUGGGUACAGCAAAGCUAUACUCCACAGUGACAACUCAGAAACGUCAAGAAGGGCUCCUCGUUUUUAUCCGCAAAUUGUACGUUAUCAACAGUGAAGGAAACGCAAGAAGGAAGAACAUCCUGCAAAUGUCUACUGCGAAAUACUUUACCACUAUGAAAGGGGCUAUCGCCGUAUGCAUAAUUAGCGUUCUCAUCGUUGCAGUGUACCCAGCAUAUUCUUUUUUCUACCUGCAAAAAAUCGAAUUAUUUUUUGAAAUACAGUUUAUAGGACAUCCGAUGAGUGAAGCGUCUGCAAGGAUCUACAUCAUCAAUUAUAUGAGCCAAUUUUUAGAACUCUUCUUUGGAUAUUUUGGCAAUAUGUUGCAUGACGUUAUGUUCUGCACUCUCGUAUUUUAUGUUUACACAUUGGUCGAGCUCCAGAAGCCAGCAUUUGAUGAGGCGAAAGAGAUUGCUAUUGUCGAUAAGCGUGCUUUCGAAAAGAGCUUCAAAAACUGCGUUAUUAUGAUUCAAGACGCGAAUAAUUAUAUCCUGGAGAUUAAUAGUUUAUAUUCAUUUGUUGUGUUCGUUCACGUAGGAGCAGCUUCCGUGUCAUUGGCGCUGAGCCUAUUUUGCUGCGUUGCGACCGACUGGUUAGGAGCGUAUGGAUUUUCAUUGUUCAAUUUUAUCCAAAUAUUCGUCUAUUGUCUUAUCGGAACAUUUAUCGAGAUUAUGAGUGAUGAAAUGGUCAACAUAGUUUAUCAAUUUCCAUGGUAUGCAACUUCAAACGGAAAUAAAAAGCUGUUAUGCUUUACUCUAAUGAAAACUCAGAGAAUAAUGAAGCUUCAAAUUGGUGGAGUGGCCAAUUUGAAUGUUAACACCGCUGCAACUAUCUUCAAGACAAUUUAUUCAUAUUUGAUGAUGCUUCUCAAUUUUACCGAGUAAAGCAUCUUUAUCGUCAUGAAGGAAAGAAAAACGGAGGAGAAGAAAAUAAGUGGAGUCUUUCACCACCGUUAAAAGUGCUUUAUGUUUGAUUCACUCAUAUCCAAUGGAAAAAUAGUUAUAAGGUGAAUAGGGUGUUUAUUUUAGAGUCAUAUCUUAAAAAAUAAGAUACGUAUAGUAACGCUUCAGAAAUAUAGCCAUGGAAUUAAUCAA